GUAACUAGGGGAGAGAUUAGGAGCAUCAAACACAAAGAGAACCACAUAACGAAAUGGGAUCACCAGUGGCCUUUUUGGCAGCAGCUUUGCUUGUCUUAGCAUUAUCUCUUGGUUUUGUAUCUGAAACCACCGCAAAUUACUAUUAUUCUUCUCCUCCUCCGCCGGUGAAGCACUACACUCCUCCAGUUUACAAAUCUCCACCACCACUUAUUAAACACUAUCCAGCUCCUCCAGUUUACAAAUCUCCCCCACCACCCAAGAAGCAAUACGAAUACAAAUCACCUCCACCACCGGUAAAGCAUUACUCCCCUCGACCGGUUUACAAGUCUCCUCCACCACCGAAGAAGCACUACGAGUACAAAUCACCACCACCACCUGUCUACCAGUCUCCCCCUCCUCCAGUGUACCACUCUCCUCCACCACCAAAGAAGCACUACGAGUACAAAUCACCACCACCACCACCACCGGUCUACCAGUCUCCUCCUCCUCCAGUUUACCACUCUCCACCACCACCAAAGAAGCACUACGAGUACAAAUCACCACCACCACCGGUCUACCAGUCUCCUCCUCCUCCAGUUUACCACUCUCCACCACCACCAAAGAAGCACUACGAGUACAAAUCACCACCACCACCGGUCUACCAGUCUCCUCCUCCUCCAGUUUACCACUCUCCACCACCACCAAAGAAGCACUACGAGUACAAAUCCCCACCACCACCGGUCUACCAGUCUCCUCCUCCUCCGGCCUACCACUCUCCUCCACCACCAAAGAAGCACUACGAGUACAAAUCACCACCACCACCAGUCUACCAGUCUCCUCCUCCUCCAGUGUACCACUCUCCACCACCACCUAAGAAGCACUACGAGUACAAAUCACCACCACCACUAGUCUACCAGUCUCCUCCUCCUCCAGUUUACCACUCUCCUCCACCACCAAAGAAGCAUUAUGAGUACAAAUCUCCUCCUCCUCCAGUUUACCAGUCUCCCCCACCUCCAGUUUACCACUCUCCUCCACCACCCAAGAAGCAUUAUGAGUACAAAUCUCCUCCUCCUCCAGUUUAUCAGUCUCCUCCUCCUCCGGUUUACCAUUCUCCCCCACCACCAAAACACUAUGAAUACAAAUCUCCUCCUCCUCCCGUCCACUCUCCUCCUCCACCGGUUCACUACUCACCUCCUCACCAACCCUACCUCUACAAAUCUCCACCUCCUCCAUACCACUACUAAUUAAUCGUCUUCAUGGAGUUGACGACAGUACAAGUGAACAAAGAAUGUUUUGGUGAUAAAAUAAAAGACGCAAGAUCAUUAAGAGAUCAUCUAAACGGAUAUAUAUUCUAAUGAUAAAGUUUCCCAUUCAAUGUGUUUUUUUUUUCAUAAAUAAGUUGUUGCAAUAAACUGCAAACAUGUUGAUGAUGUGGUCCCAUUCAUGCAUGCAAAUUAGUCAUAUGUUGUCCUGUUUUCCAAUUUCUUCAGUUUUAAAGUUUGAUUACUUAAAUAAAAUUGUAAGCUUUAUUUUUCA